CGCAAACUCCACACCGAGAGAGAGAGAGAGAGACGCUAGGCGGCUUAAAACGCACAACGUUGGAAAGAAAUACAGACAUCUUGUCUUGCGCUUCUGGAAACUUCAAACUGACAUCUCAGAGGAUUUCUGUGUGAUUUAGGACCACGCAAUCCGGAGGUACAGUUCGGUAUCAUCGGCUCGGUUCACAUUGCCGUCGGCCAGGUCAAAGCGAGAGCGCGAGAGCGCGAGACACUGCGGCCGGGACAAGAGCUGUGUGUGUCGGCAGAGAGACGCUCAGCACCGGCGCUCACACAAUCAAACCUGACAUGCUACUGAAACGCGCUGGGAAAGUUUGUGACUGUAAUGUGAGUCAAUUAAUGCUUAUUAUACACUAAAUAAAUAACUAAUGAACUAUGAAAACGGUACGUGAUUAAUAUGCAAAUGUUGGCAGCUACUUCGACACUCAUCUGUUAACUGAGUUUAAUCAAGCUUUCUUCCUGUAACAGUUAUAUUUAUUUUUAACAACUACUACUGUUAAUAUUAUUAUUAUUGUUAUCUCUUCUAAUGCAUAUAAUUUUAUAAAGCGUGCACAAAGCAAUUGACACACACAUAGAAUGGCUCCUUGCGGGUAUCGCUGCUUUGUUUGCUGACGUUGGACUGAGGGGAAGCCGCCUGUAGUCAGAGCAUCAUGUGUCGCUGUGCUGGCUCUGUCACUGACGGGUCAAUCCUACUGAGUGAAAGUGACACAGGGAGGGGGGGCCAGCCCCACAGACCGCCUCACCCUCUUACCCCGUCCUGAAAGACACUCUCACCACACACACAGACAAGUGCCGGGCAAGCCGGCAGAGGGCAUGGGCAACUCGUCCCGGAAAGAGGCCCAAGACGAAGGAGAGGAAAAGGAGAUGAAGGGAGAUAAAGGAAACAAGGAGAAAACUGCUAAAAAAGGAGAAGUCGAGGUCAUGGAGGAUGAGGAGCUACCGUUCGGAGUCCACAAGCUCUUGGAGAGCGGAGAUCGAGUGUUGGACCUGAGCUACUACAAGUUCCGUCGCCUUCCUCGUCAAGUCCUGAACCUGGAGUACCUGGAGAAGCUUUACGUCUGUGGAAACCGUCUCCGCAACGUCCCUAAGGGUAUCAUGCGGCUGCAUGGUUUGCGUACCCUGGGGCUCGACUUCAAUAAGCUUGUUGACGUUCCUCUGUCGGUGUGCCAGUUGACGAAUCUCACGUGUCUUUACCUGGGAAGCAACCGGCUGAUAAGCCUCCCACCAGAAGUGAGGAACCUGCAGAAUUUGCGUUGCCUCUGGGUGGAGAGCAACUACUUCCAGCGAUUCCCCAAGCAGUUGUACGACCUUCCCAAUUUACGCUCACUACAGAUUGGGGACAACCGUCUGCGCAUGCUUCCCUCGGACCUAUGGCGCAUGGAGUCCCUGAGAGGACUCUGGCUGUAUGGAAACCGCUUUCAGGAGUUUCCGCGAGUGCUCCUAAAGAUGGAGCAGCUGGAGAUUCUGGACAUGGAUCGCAAUCGGAUAUCACAGUUCCCAAACUUGCAUCAUCUAUCAGCGCUGCGACUCUUCUCCUACGACCACAACCCUGUAAAGGAGCCACCGCGUGUAAGGGAGGAGGUGCUUAUAGUCGGAGAGGGCGCUGAGGAGGUGUUGCAGGCUAGAGGGAGAAGGAAAGAGGCAAAAGAACAAGCAGAGAAGGACGCAGAGGAGGCGGCGGUCGUGGCGGCAGCGGCAGCUAGUCCGGUCAUUCACGGAAUACUCAAGAAACUCCGAAUGAACUCCGCCCUUAACCUGGCAACUGCUAAGGAGAAGGUAACAAAUGAGUCUGUUGCAUCAACAACCCCAAAUGGGGAUGAAAACGGACCACUAAAUAAUGACAGAUGUGCAUUUUUUGAGGAGGCGGGGCUUGGUUAUGACGAUGGGGGUCUGGAGUAUGAAAGGGAGGAGCUAAUCUGUGAGGGGGAGGGGUAUGAAGGCUACGAGGGGGCGGAGUUCGAAUAUGAAAGGGCUGAAAUGGACUAUGAUUAUGAAGGUUAUGAGUGAACAACCUUGAUCCUUGCACCUGUGGGUCAUGGUAUUCUACUUAUUUUAUCUGAAGUAUGUAUUUUCUGCAAACAGAGUUGCAGUUUGUUUUCCCGGCCAAUUGUUUUAACCAAUUUUGUAAUUCUUUGGUGUGGACGCUACACAUUUCCACUUUAAGCAUCUGAGGUGUUACUGCAAGGGUUGCAGGUUCAAUCCCAAGGAUGAACUGGAGUGUACCAAUGAGGUACUGGGUCCCCAAAAAUGGCACUUAAGUAACCCCAGGAUGUUUAAUGGGGCAAUGAAAUCAACUGCAGGUUGCUCUAAUUAAAAACAUUGAUAUCAAAUUAUGUCUGAUUGGAAAGCUGAAUGAAAGGUCAAGUUUAAAAAGAGCAUGUCAUAUGGUAUUUUAAAAUCUAAUAUUGUGUUUGAGUUCCCUACAACAGGUUUAAAUGCAUCUAAGGUCAAAAAACAUUGUAAUUUUCUCAAAAUAUACAUUUAAUAUUAGAGUAAUUUGCCAAUGGUUCCAAAUGAUUAGUUCCUAGCAAGUUUGGAGAAAACCCCUCCCUUCCAUAAGCCUACUCUGCUCUGAUUGGUCAGUUGGCCAAACCUUUUGUGAUUGGCACAGAGAGGAGUCCAUGAGCCAGUUAGCCAGCGCUACCAUUGACAAAGUACCUUCAAAUAAAACAAUAAUAUAGUCCUCCAAUCCGUUCUUAUAAUGACAUAAUACAGAAACACGUAUGCAAGUGAAUCGUGCACACAGCUAAAGUUUAGCUGCUAAACUGUGAACACUUAAAACAAUAAUGGUGGGUACGUUAGCCAAGUGCUAAUAGCAAGUGCUAACACACCAAUAGUGUAAGUGUUUGUGGGCAGGUCAGAUUCUGUUCGUCUUUCGCGGGCAGGCGGAGAUUAUUCAAAUGUUUUACCCAGUGACGUAACAUGCAAAAGAUUCGAAAAUAUUAGGACUUGUGAAGAGUCGACUCUCUUUUGAGAGACAAUAUCUUUAUCACGCACAUUUUUGAUUGACAACUUUGCAGAUUAUUUUCAUUUAAAGAUAGCUAUGUUAUAAACUGCAAAAGAGAUAUUUUUCAAAAACCCAUUUGACCUGCUCUUUAAAAACAAUACCCAAAAUGAAUUCUCUGCUAUCAUUUGCUCACUCUCAUAAAAUAUUUUCAUUUACAAUCUGCAUGAAGCAAAACAGGUUUGGAAUGACUUUAGGGUGAGGAAACAAUGGCUCAGGAAACAUGAACAUGAACUUAUGAAAUACUGCUUAAGUAUAAGUGACUGUUGCUAUUAUUAGAAGGCAUUUAUUGUUGGCCAGACCAUUACUGCAAUCCUCAAACACAGGACUCUCUUCAAUAAUUACAGGGUUUAAUGAUUUUAAGAUUUAUCAUUUGUAAAAUUCAACUGUGAGGAGCUGUGAAACUGCACAACUUUUUAUGCGUCACAACUACAUUACUAUGUGCUGUGUAUUUUUAAUUAAGAGCAGGGCUCAGCCAUUUUUGUUGGUGAGUGAUGUGUGUCUACUGUUUAUAAGAAACUUGAUGCUGCAAUUACAGCGAUGUGUGUUGGUGAAACCAAAUAUUAUCUUAUUAAAUAACCAAUGAGUUUGCCAAAUAUGUUUUAAUGAUUCAUGUCUUGUCGGACUCUAAGAAUCCUAAAUGUUUGGCUGUGGAACAACGCUGACAUGAUCUGAGACAGAUGGGAAGAGCUAGCCAAGUUAGCACUAAUAGAAGUAAAUGUUCUCUCUCUCGUCUGAAGCUUGAAGGACUCAAUGUGCGAAAGUCAGAGAGGAGGCGUGCGGACCGAAGAGAAACAUCAGGGAAAGAAUUGUAGUGAGGGGACAAUCCAUAAAAGGCCCGGGUACAUGUUUUGGGAGAAAGACCGAGAGAGAGCAGCGCUUAAUGUGUAAAUUAUGAGGUCCCAGAGCAAAGACUGUAAUGGAUCCAGCAGGUUUGUGGGUUGGGUGAUGCUGCAAAAAUGGAAAUAGUGUUUAACACCUAAUUAACACCGCAAGCGAGCCACGCGACACAAUGCAAAGCAAACUAGAUCACACCUGCCAUAGGAAAAGAAGGUGUCUCCACUGCAGUUAAGACGACUUUAUUGAUUAUGAUGGGAAAUCUAGGAAAGGAUUUUCAUUGAAUAGCAAUUUGGCUUCAGACUUGCAAUAUAACAAAAUCAAAUGGACCAAUUUCUGAUACUUUUAAGGUGCAUUUUUAUUAAUGUUACUUAAUGAAUACAAGACAUUCUUAAAAAAAUAAAAACAUAAAAACUCACCUUUUGUGUUCUAAAGAAGAUCAUGUCAAAACUCUUUUUUUACCAAAUGCAUAAGUUCAAGAAUUUAAUAAUUGUUUUGAAUCAUAGAGUUCAUCUGGAGAAACCACUGCUCUCUAAUUUACAUGUUCCUAAUUUGUUCAUUCGUUCCCUCCAAUGUCUUAAAUUUAGCUAUGUUUCUAUUCCAGUCACAUCUGCCAAUUCACUCAUUCUAGUCAAGAAGUGUGUUUUCAUUGCCCUUUCCUCCUCUUUUCCCUUUUCUUCCUUCAUCCAUCCAUCAUUAUGCUGGUUAAACUCUUUUCUCCAUCUCCUGUCACUUCUCAACUCUCCCCGAAAGAGAGUCUCAAACCCUUCUGUUAAAAUAUUUACAUAAUGGUACGAGUCUGUCAUUACUUCUGCGAAGAAUCUGAAACAAGUGUUUUGGCACAACCUUUGACAGGAAGUGUGUGUCUCUGCCCAGAUCUCCAAACCAAUCAUGCACACGCAAAUGUGCAUGGAUCAGGUGUCUUUAAAAAAGCUAGUUUUCAGUUUUUUAAAUAGAUUUUUAAUUCACGUCUACAAACAGCCAAGUACAUUUCAGAUGGAGUGCAUACUUUGAGCAAAGCAAAAUAACUUGUGGUUGGCAGAUGAGAAUAAAGCAAUGCUUUUCAUAGUGAAACAUGGCUGUUUCAAAGACACCAGAGCCGUGCACAUUUGCGUACGUUGGGAUGAGUUGUGUUGACUCUUGAACAAUUGAUCAAAAAAGUGGUUUGAUGGCUGCUGAAGUGUUGCUAUUUUGAGGUAAACAGACUCUGCCUUUCAUUAAAACUUACUAUUUGUGGUGUUACUAAAAUAAGCAUUACUAUUACAGUUGCUCAUACUUUUUUCUGGAUUGUGAUUUGAACAAACACCUAACAACAUCUAUUAAACUUUGUGUUUUGACAUGAAUAACAAUUCAAAUUGGCCUGACAGAAAAUAAAACAAUGUAAAAAGGUACAAGUAAAAACAGCACAGAACAUGUCUAAUAAUCUCUCUAAUAGUCUGUCUCAGAGACCGUGGCAUAGCUAUUAAACCUGGUUCGUCAAGCAGCAAGUAUCUGCAGAGUGUUUGAGUGCUCUGACACAGUCCAGGAUUGACGAAGAGAACAUAGUCUCGGUGCUUAAUCAUUUAGCAGCUUACUGCUAGUUUACGUUAACGCCAUUCUCCCAAGGUCAGCCGCAUAGCAAGCCAUGAAUGAGCACUGGACCGCCUCUGCGGCGCUUAAACUUCAUAGCCGUGUUACUGGUGCUCACAGUAAUAUCUGUCACUGCCAGAUCUCAGCAGAAGUCAUCUGGUGUCAGAAAUGUAAUCCGAGCCAUUGUGACUGUGUGUCAGCAUGAGAGGAGGAGCUAUCAUGGUCCAGCGGGUAUGAUUUUGCUCAGAAGUAGGGCAUGUUUGCAUGGUGUAUAUGCCAGUUGGUUGGUUUUACUCCGUAAGCCAUUAAAAGUGUAUUUGCACGGCUAGAAAUCCGCAGUGUGAGAACUACAUUUUCAGAUUUACUUAAGAAUAUGGCAUGCAUGCCAGAAUAUGCCUAUUUAUACACAUAUAUGUCAGAAUAUGCCUACUUCCAAACUAUAUACUAUGAGAAACACAGUAUGUGCGCCAUGUAGUGUGUCUGAAUUCAUAGUAUUCAUAAAAAUGUGAUUCUUAAAUGUGCAUCUGAUGCUAAAAUGUUGCCAGGGUGUUGCUAAGUGGUUGCUGGUGCAUUGCUAAAUUAAAUAAAAAAAUAAAAUGUAUGCAUUUAGCAGACACUUUUAUCCAAAACUAGUUACAUUCAGUGCAUUCAGGCUAAAAAUUUUUACCUAACAUGUGUCCCCUGGGAAUCAAACCCACAACAUUUUGCUCUGCUAAUGCAAUGAUCUACCACUGAGCCCUAAAUGGUUGCUUAUCGUCUCUCUGAUAUUUUGGUCACAAAAUAUGAGAUUAAUUUUUUUUACCAGGCAAAUUUGAGGUGUCCUUUAUGUCCAUAUACUGCAAAUGGUGAAUCAAACAUAAAAUAUUGUUUUAUACUUGUUCAAAUCAUGUAUGAACCAUAAUAAUAUUAAUGCUUGAUUGUUUAAUGAUCAAACAGCUCAAUUUACCUAAACCUCAACACCUCUGCAGCCAUCAAACCACUUAGAGACAAGCACUCGAGUCACUUUUUCGGUGUUAAACACUGGCUAAAAAGACCAAUGUUCCUUUAUUUAAUCAGUCCUUAUUAUCUUUCUUAUAAGGAUAAUUAAGGAUAAUGAUCUGCUUGUGUGGGAGAGUGAACACUGGCCCUGAGAUGAGAGAGAGAGGCUUACACACACCAACCUAAGCAGGCAGCAUAACUGUGACCAUAUGCCAGCCAGCUGAGCUUUCAUUUGGUGCCUCCUUUCUUGGCAUUGUGUACAUAAGUUUUGCAUAUCUGUGUGUAUCGGUUUAUGCAUUACAAUGUGUAUACGAGUGUGAAUAUUUUUUAUACACAAUCUGUUGUUUAAAGGGGUCAUAUGACGCGAUUUCAAGUUUUCCUUUCUCUUUGGAGUGUUGCAAAGACUAAAAGUGCUAUUAUUUAUAAAAGUUAAGACUCUGCCACGCCCCCCUAAAACACCUCGUUUAAACACACCCCCACAUGUCUACAUCAUGAUGUGGGAAGAUUUGCAUAACGCCGCCCACAUGUUCACUCAAAGAAAGAAGGUGUAACUUAAGAUUCUCGCUGUUGCCGCCUGCCAGUCUGUUUCCUGAUCCUGGGAGAGUAGACUACAAUGCCUCGCAGUCUGUAAGUACGUUUACAUAUUUAAAAGAUUUGCCACUGAUGAUUCAAACGCGAGUUUUGAGCAGUGUAGACCAGUGUUGUUGUUUGUCAUUUCUACGAUCACAAAUGCAGACAUGGUUUUAUAUUUACGCGGCGCAAUGCAACACAGCACGUAAAUAGACAUUAUACGUCAUUAUAAUCUGUAAUAAUGUCCCCAUUGGAUGCAACAAAUGUCUUCUAUGUAAUGGGUUUGAAUGUUUUUGUCCUGUUUCUCCGGCCGGUGUUCUGUUUUGCUAUCUUGCAUUAAAAAUGCUAACUGUAAAAUUAUGGUUUAUGAAUGUCUACAUCUACCACAACUCUAAACCUACCCUUAAAGGUAUACAAAAACAGUAAUGAUGUGUUAUAUUCGCAGUUGUAGCUAGAUGGGACACAGCUACAGGAUACCAACAAUAAAUAUUUUUUUCUACCUAUUAGACUGUGUUUUAUUAAAGUCUACACCCACCCCAACCCUAAACCUACCUUGACAUUAAUGCAAAUAUUAAAUAUUGUUAUUCAGCAUGAGAAAACAGAUGUGUGCAUGUGCAGUAAGCCCUGGUAUAGGACAAUCUGACGGGUAAGAUAACAUUUCAGGACACUGGGAGACAGUGUUCUGACGAUUUGUGCUACCCUGUCAGAUUUUGCUACCUCCCAUUAAAACAUAUUGUAGCCUAAUUUGACAGCAAAAAAUGCUACCUAUCAGAUUUUGCUUCCAGCAUGAUAUUAAUGUGGUGUGAGGUUUUAUUAAUGUGUACACCUACCCAGAACCCUAAAUCUACCCUUACAGUAUUAAAAAUACAGUGUUGGUAGCAUAAUCUGAUAGGUAGCAUUAUUUGUUAGAACAACAGCAUUGCAGUAUGGUGAGAGGCGUAACAUUUCCGUCACACACUUGAGGCAUUCGACCAAUCACAACACACUGGAUAGCUGGCCAAUCAGAGGACUCCUAGCUUUUCAGACAGAUGAGCUUUUUAAAAAUGGCAAAAGGCGGGCGUAGAAGAGUAACUAUAAUGUACAGUAUGUUGAAAAUAAUGUGUUUUUUAACCUUAAAUCACAAACACAUUUUAUUACAUCAAAUACACCAAAUAAUGUUCUUUUUAGCAACCUCAUAUGACCCCUAUAAAUAAUCAUGUUUAAACAACACUUCCUGAUCUUGCAUUCUGUCUAACAUCAAUAAUUAUGUUGCUCAACAGUUGAUAUCCAAAUAGAAUUUUUACACUUUUUGAAGAAAAUGAAAAGACUUUCAACCACAAUAACAAAAAAUGUUUUAAACCAAAUCAUGCCUUUCAGAGUGUUAAGGCUUUGUUCAAAUCACUAACCCUAUAAGAUCCAUAAUUUUUGUGAUGCUUAGCAAACACAUAUAAAUUUGUCUGCAAAAGGCCAAGAUAGUGAUAAUCAAGUUAAAUCGGACAGUAUUAAAUUUGAAUUAAUAUUUCAGAUUUAUUGUGAAGCCAGGACAUCAGAUCCACUAAGAUUAAACCUGUGUGAAAGAGAGACGAACAGUGGAUGUUAUUAACAUGUAUUCAGGUGUACAAGAAUGCAUGGAUAUGAUGUCUUUAUGUGUGUACCUAUCCGAAUCUCAUCCACUGUACCCGCUCUCUCUGUGUUUCUGUAUGCCGCCUCUCACCCACUCUGAUCUCUGCUGCUCCUCUGAAGAUUUGUCACAAAACCUGCAAAAACUAUAAGGAUGAAAACCUAAUUUAAACCAAUCAGGACACACUCAUCUCCCAGCAACCAAUCAGAACACACUCAUCCACCCAGCAGCCAAUCAGGACACACUCAUCUCCCAGCAACCAAUCAGAACACACUCAUCCACCCAGCAGCCAAUCAGGACACACUCAUCUCCCCAGCAACCAAUCAGAACACACUCAUCCACCCAGCAGCCAAUCAGGACACACUCAUCUCCCCAGCAACCAAUCAGAACACACUCAUCCACCCAGCAGCCAAUCAGAACACACUCAUCCACCCAGCAGCCAAUCAGAACUCACUGAACCCCCAAGUUCGAAACGAUGUAAUGCAGUAGUUGCCCAUGUCUACAGGGCAAAGACAGUCAGAUUAAAUAAAUGAGCAAUCAGCUUUGCCAGUCAAGUAUCAGGAAGAGACACAGAGCCAGUCAGACAUGACUCACUGGCUUUUGUAGUGUGUGAUGAAGUAUUGCGGGUCGGCUGGUUUAUGUGAGAGGCUUGUGAUGUUGGGGGCGUUCAGGACGAAUCCUGAUGAGCCCUGUAGAAUACAGAACAGCCAGUACACAACACCAUUCCAGAAAUGCCUCUUAAAGCAGCAGCAGCAGCAGCAAAAUACAUCAGAUAUAAGUCAUCUUUUGAGUGGAUGACUGUUCAAAGUGUUUCUGAGGUGAGUCGGGUCAUCUCUGAGUGCUUUUGUGACAUGAAAUCAGAACUGGGAUUUCUGGGAAGGUGAGCACAUUCUGCAAUACAUUUAAUUUUUUACUUAGUAUAUCAAAAUAAUUGACAGUGCUAAUAUAAAGGAUCAUUUACAGAUUUAGUUCACCCUCUUGUCAUUCCAAACCUACACUAUUAGAAUAAAAGGUAUAAAAGCUGUCACUGGGACAGUCCUCUUUCAAAACCUAGUAAUAUGUAGCAUUUAGACAGUAAUGUGUAACUUUAAGGAAUGGUUCGCCCAUUAAUAUACACACUUUAGGGGUAAAUAAGGUACAAAAGAAGUAUCUUUUUAGAAAUGUGACAGCUUUUGCACCUUUUUUUCCUCAGAGUGUAUAUGACUUUGUCUCUUCUAGAAGCAUGCUUAACAUUCCCACACAUUUAAACUAAUUUGAAUCAUAUUUCUAGUAGUUGAACUGAACAUGAACGUUUAUUCGCUUAUAGAACUUUCCCUGUUAUUUCCAGGUUUUCCAUGACUGUCCGAGCCCUGGAUAUUCCAAGUCACUUUUUGAUGAGGCAUGACCCAAUGUAUUAUUUUUGAAUAUAAUCAGAUAUGGAUAUUAUUUGAAAGCCACGGUGAAAAAAAAAAAGAUUGACAAAGUCACAUGGGUUUGAAACAAGGGUGUAUAAAUGAUGAUGGAGUUAACAUUUUUGGGUGAACUAUUCCUUUUAAUGGUCUGAUCUAAUCUUUCAUAUGUGUAAUUCAAUGAAAUGCAUAUUGGUUGUUCAUCUAAAUCUAUUUGAGCAGUCAAAGCCAAACCAAAAAAAGUGCAGUUUUCAACUUUCACAAACCUUGAGUGCAAAAUAUAUUGGUUUAAUUUACCAUCGGCCCAAUGGACCAUCUAGCUGCAGCAGUUCUAGUCUUCUGUCCACUGUCCACACUAACACCAUCCUGUAGUGAAGCCUGUGUGCAGAACAUCCAAUAAACCUUGGUCAGACA